ACCCAUACCCACUCACACAAAUGCACACACAAAUACUAUCUACAGGGUUCGAACCCUUCCCACCGGGUAGAAAUAUACUAAUGGAAACUAGUUAAUUAGGCUGCCACCAUAGCAGGACCGACCACACUCCAAUGUCUCUAUAAAUAAAGCUCCACGUAUCACCACUUUCGGUCUACGUAAAAUACCACUUCCACUCACUCAGCAUCUUCUAUUCCUCGUCAAUGGCUGCUGCUUCUUCUCUCUCCGCUUUCCCAACUCUGAAAUUUCACAUCCGACCUAAUAAAAAAUCACCAUCUAAGCUCUCCCACCCUUGUUUCUCUCCUUCUCCCAUCUAUGCUUCAAUUUCCGAGACCAAACCGUCCACGGUGACUCCGUCAAAAUCCGACAAACUCCCGGUCCGUCCAGUCCCUGGAAGCUAUGGUCUUCCUGUUAUCGGUCCAAUUAGUGACAGACUUGAUUACUUUUACAAUCAGGGUCGGGACGAGUUCUUCAAGUCGCGGGUUCAGAAGUACCAAUCCACGGUCUACAGGGUCAACAUGCCACCUGGUCCCUUCAUAGCUUCGGACCCACACGUCAUCGUUUUGCUUGACGGCAAGAGCUUUCCCGUCCUCUUCGACGUAACGAAAGUUGAGAAGAAAGACUUGUUUACCGGCACUUAUAUGCCUUCCACGACCCUUACCGGCGGCUACCGUAUUCUCUCCUAUCUGGACCCGUCGGAGCCGAACCACGCCAAGAUCAAAAGCAUCAUAUUCUCGCUUCUGAAGUCUCGACGGGACAACGUCAUUCCGGAGUUCCAGUCGAGCUUUACAGAGCUCUUUGAGACUCUAGAGAAGAAUCUCGAAAACAACGGCAAAGCCGCUUACAACGACCCUAACGAUCAAGCCUCCUUUAACUUUUUGGCUCGAGCCUUCUUCGGGGCGAACCCACCCGAUACUAAACUUGGGGUUGAUGGACCCACACUGAUUAGUAAGUGGGUUCUGUUUCAACUCAGUCCAAGUUUGACCCUUGGGCUCCCAAAAAUUGUUGAAGAACCGACGAUCCACUCGUUCCGUCUUCCUCCAUUUCUUGUCAAAUCUGAUUACCAGCGACUCUACGAUUUCUUCUAUGCGUCGGCGGGGUCAAUUCUCUCGGAGGCCGAGAAUUCGGGGAUCUCGCGGGAAGAAGCCUGCCACAACAUUGUGUUCGCUGUAUGCUUCAAUUCAUUCGGUGGCUUGAAGAUCCUCUUCCCUAAUCUGAUGAAGUUGAUCGGCCAAGCCGGGGUCAAACUACAUGCUCAAUUAGCUCAAGAGAUCCGAUCAGCCAUCAAAACCAGCGGUGGAAAAAUCACGAUGGCGGCAAUGGAACAGAUGCCAUUGAUGAAAUCGGUGGUCUACGAAGCUCUCCGCAUAGAGCCGCCCGUUCCAACACAGUACGGUAGGGCAAAGAAAGAUUUGAUAAUCGAGAGCCAUGACACUGCCUUUGAAAUAAAAGAAGGUGAGAUGUUAUUCGGUUACCAACCGUUUGCUACCAAGGACCCGAAGAUAUUCGACAGAGCGGAGGAGUUCGUGGCGGAUCGGUUUGUGGGCGAGGGUGAGAAGUUGUUGAAGCACGUACUGUGGUCGAAUGGGCCGGAAACCGAGAGCCCAACCGUCGGUAAUAAGCAAUGUGCAGGUAAAGAUUUCAUAGUACUGGCUUCAAGGUUGUUUGUGGUGGAGCUGUUUCGCCGUUACGAUUCGUUUGAGGUUGAGGCGGGGAAGUCGGCGUUAGGAGUUGCCGUCACUGUAACUUCUUUGAAGAGAGCGAGUUCUUGAAUUGCAGGGGUAAUAAAUAAAUAUGGUUUAUUAAUUACAGCGAAUAAUGAGUCGGUCUCUGUGCUGUCGUUAAUAAUUUGGAUAGACUCCUAUGUUUUUUCUUUGUUUUUUCAAUUAAAGGUUCCAUGAGCAAUAGAAUAAUGAGAGGACCCAACAGCAUUGCCUUCUCAAAA